CAAGCGUAGGUAAUUUGUAAAUGGCGGCCAACUGGAGCAGGAGUUGCAAAAGCCUCACUCUCUAAAACCCUAGAGGAGACGACAACCAUGAAAUGGAUUCUAUUGAGAAACCUCUCUCUCAGAGCACGCAAUCAUCUUCUUCAUUCUCCUGCUUACACCUCCAAUGUCCGUCCUCCAUUCUUCCUUUCAGCCCCGGCGACGUCUCGAUUCAGGCUCUUCUCCUCCGAUAAAGAUUCGCCGCCAAAUGAAGAUUCCCAAAUUGUUCCCGAAGCGAAUUUGGUGCCCACUCAGAAGAAAGAAGUAUCUUUGGACGUUCAAGAUGUAAGUAAUGAAGAAUUGAAAAUGCGGAUAGAUAAGUACUUCAAAGGUGAUGAAGAAGCACUUCCAUCAAUUCUUGAAGCUAUUCUUCAGAGGAAAUUGGUUGGAAAACAUGAGGAUACGGAUGAUGAACUUGUUGAAGAACUACGAAUGAAACCAUUGGAUGAUGUUAAGGAUGGAGAGUUUGAAUCUGAUUUUGAAGAAUUGUAUGAGACAGAUGAAGAGAUUGACGAUCUUUACAAUGCUAGGGAUAUAGUUAUGAAAAGAAUGGUAAAAGAUGAAUACUUCAACAUGGACGACAAAAAAUGGGACGAGCUUGUUCAGGAUGGCAUGAAUCAUGGGAUCCUGAAGGACACCAAGGAGUGUGAAGCGAUUUUGGAGGAUAUGCUCAGUUGGGACAAGCUCCUUCCAGAUGAUAUGAAGGAAAAAGUAGAGGCAAAAUUCAAUGAGCUCGGGGAUUUGUGUGAAAAGGGGGAGCUUGAACCAGAGGAAGCUUACAAUCUGUUUAAAGAAUUCGAGGAUCAGAUGGUCAUGGAAUAUGGAAAGAUGAUGGAGGCAGAAGGCCCCCCAAAGUUCGAUGAAACUAAUGUGCCAAAUAAGGACUUGGAUGACCCGCCAGGUGAAGGGCCAAUUCUCAGGUGGCAAACAAGGGUUGUGUUUGCACCAGGUGGGGAUGCAUGGCAUCCCAAAAACAGGAAAGUAAAAUUAUCUGUUACUGUGAAGGAGCUUGGUUUAUCAAAGUAUCAGUUUCGUCGACUGAAGGAGUUGGUUGGCAAGCGCUAUCAUCCUGGGAAAGAUGAGCUAACGAUUACUAGUGAGAGGUUUGAACAUAGAGAGGAAAAUAGGAAGGAUUGUCUUAGGACUCUUCUUUCUCUUAUUGAGGAAGCCGGAAAAGCCAACAAACUAGUAGAGGAUGCUCGAACUUUGUAUGUGAAGGAGAGGUUGCGGGCGAAUCCCCAGUUUAUGGAGAGACUGAGUGCCAAGAAGAAAUUGGGUUCGCAAGUAUCAAGCCCUCUACCUGCUUGAUUGUUUGAUUUGUGAUGCUGUUGAAAAGAAAAAUAUAGUUUUGGUACAACAUUUCUGGAUGAUAUCUUAGAGUUGAUUUGGUUGUUAUGGGUAUAUUAUAAUUAUUGGGAGGAAAGAGAUCAGUUUACUUGUUUUUGUGAUAAGAUUGCUGGUUUUUGGUUCAUUGUGAUUUUGAAGCUAUGGGAUGGGUUGGUUUUUGCGAAUGGUGAUGUUAAGAUUGCUGAUUUUUGGCUUGCAAAAGUGAGAAGAAUGCUCAACUCUUUCCAAUGAAAUAAAGUUUAUCCUCUUAAUGAAA